GCCCCGCGCCGCCGCUCUGCGCAUGCGCCGCCGAGGACUGGGCUGUUGCUCCCUGACGGGUGGCUGCGGCGGGUCCUCGCCAUGGAGUCCUACGACGUGAUAGCGAACCAGCCCGUCGUGAUAGACAACGGCUCGGGUGUCAUCAAAGCAGGUUUUGCAGGUGAUCAAAUACCCAAAUACUGCUUUCCAAACUAUGUGGGCAGACCAAAGCACACUCGUGUUAUGGCUGGUGCUUUAGAAGGGGACAUUUUCAUUGGUCCAAAGGCAGAGGAGCACAGAGGUCUCCUCUCGAUCCGAUACCCGAUGGAACAUGGCAUAGUGAAGGACUGGAACGACAUGGAGCGCAUUUGGCAGUAUGUGUAUUCAAAGGACCAGCUUCAGACAUUCUCAGAGGAGCAUCCUGUGCUGCUGACAGAAGCACCCCUUAACCCACGCAAGAACAGAGAGCGUGCUGCUGAGGUGUUUUUUGAGACCUUCAAUGUGCCAGCAUUGUUCAUCUCCAUGCAAGCUGUGCUUAGCCUCUACGCGACUGGGAGGACUACAGGAGUGGUGCUGGACUCCGGGGAUGGCGUUACCCAUGCGGUUCCCAUCUACGAAGGCUUUGCCAUGCCUCACUCCAUCAUGCGGAUUGACAUCGCUGGCCGUGAUGUCUCACGCUUCCUGCGCCUCUACCUCCGGAAGGAGGGCUAUGACUUCCACACAACCUCUGAAUUUGAGAUUGUCAAGACCAUCAAGGAGCGUGCCUGCUACCUGUCAAUAAACCCCCAGAAGGAUGAGACUCUGGAGACUGAGAAGGCUCAGUAUUAUCUACCAGAUGGAAGCACUAUUGAGAUUGGCUCUGCCCGUUUUCGAGCCCCCGAGCUGCUGUUCCGGCCAGACCUGAUAGGGGAGGAAUGCGAAGGGCUCCAUGAGGUGCUCGUGUUUGCCAUUCAGAAAUCAGACAUGGACCUGAGGCGAACGCUCUUCUCCAACAUCGUGCUGUCUGGAGGCUCCACGCUUUUCAAAGGCUUUGGUGACAGGCUCUUGAGCGAAGUGAAGAAGCUAGCUCCGAAGGAUGUCAAAAUAAGGAUAUCAGCUCCUCAGGAGAGAUUGUAUUCCACGUGGAUUGGUGGCUCUAUCCUGGCCUCUCUGGACACCUUUAAGAAAAUGUGGGCUUCGAAAAAGGAGUAUGAAGAAGAUGGAGCUCGUGCCAUCCACCGGAAAACCUUCUAGCGCCGGCACCUGUCCUCAGUGUCCGAAGACUCACUUCAGUUCUAAACUCGCUUCUCUGAGUCCGAGUGUGAGAGCUGCCUGUGUGUGUGUGUGUGCGCGCCAGCAUGCCCCGAUGUCACUGAGCAAAGACAACAGCAGCAGGAGGGUUGUAGUAGUACUACUAACUUCUUUGUUUG